CACUGUACCAGGUUUAGAGAUAAGUUCUCUUUGUGUACCAUGGCUCUUUCUAUCCGAGCAUCUACUGGACCCCGGCAGUUCUCUUCCCGGAGCAGACUUGUCAGAGGUUCUGUUAGGUUAUCUAGCACCAGUAGUUCAGGCAGCAUGGGGGGAGGAUUUGGUGGGGGGUCUCUCCUCAGUUUUGGAAGUGGCGGCAGUAGUGGAUUAGGAUUGGGCAGUGGAUAUGGUGGAGGGUCAGUGGCAGGUUUCAGUGGGGUCUUUAGUGCUGGAGGUGAAGGCAACCUCAUAUCAGGAACUGAAAAGGAAACCAUGCAGAAUCUGAAUGACCGCCUAGCUGCUUACCUGGAUAAGGUGCACUCUCUGGAGGAAGCCAAUACUGAGCUGGAAAGCAAAAUCCAUGAAUGGUAUGAGAAUAAUGGACCAGGUGUUGGCAGCUCAGCAGCUGGCAGAGAUUACAGUAAAUACAAUCCAAUAAUUGAAGAUCUCCAGAACAAGAUACUGAGUGAAAUUAUUGAUAAUGCCCGAAAAGUCCUUCAAAUCGAUAAUGCAAGGCUGGCAGCUGAGGAUUUCAGACUUAAAUUUGAGAAUGAACUUUCUCUUCGUCAGGCUGUUGAAGCUGACAUCAAUGGGCUGCGCAGGGUUCUGGAUGAACUGAAUUUGGCCAGGGCUGAUUUGGAAAUGCAAGUCAAAAAUCUGAAGGAGGAACUGGCAUACCUCAGAAAGAACCAUGAAGAAGAACUUCAGGGUUUCCAAAGCAAUACCACUGGUCAAGUCAGUGUAGAAAUGGACGCUGCUCCAGGGAUUGACUUAACCAAACUUCUGGAUGAGAUGAGAGUCCAGUAUGAGGCAGUUGCUGAACAGCAUCGGAAAGAAGCCGAAGCCUGGUUCAAUGAAAAGAGCGGGGAGCUGAAAAGAGAAAUUUCCUCACACAGUGAACAGCUUCAGUCGGGAAAAAGUGAGAUCACAGACUUGAGACGUACUCUACAAAGCCUGGAAAUAGAACUGCAGUCUCAACUGGCUAUGAAAAAAUCUCUUGAAGACACCCUGGCAGAAACAGAAGCAGGAUAUUGUGGCCAUCUCUCACAAAUGCAACUUCAGAUCGAAAAUCUAGAAACACAGCUUUUCCAGGUCCGUGCAGACAUGGAACGGCAAAACUCUGAGUACCAGCAGCUCCUAGAUAUCAAGACCCGACUGGAAAUGGAGAUUGAGACUUACCGUAGACUACUUGACGGCGAGAUUCGCUCAUUUGAAAGUGCUUCUGGAGCAAGUACCAAGUCAGUGGAUUCCACUUCUGAUCCAACCAAAACCAGAAAGAUCAAGACAAUUGUUGAGGAGGUGGUGGACGGCAAAGUGGUGUCAUCCCAAAUUAAGGAAAUUGAAGAAAAGUUAUAAGAAAAUAGCCAGUUGUUCAUUAUUUGAAUUCCAAGUAAUGACUGGAUUCACUUAUUUUCUCUCCUACAUAAAAUAUUAUAGAACCAAGAUCACAUUUGAAAUUUCUUCUCUCAUUAAAUAAUUCUAUUUCAGCUUAUAUAGUAUAUUAUUUAACCAGUCAUUUAAUCAUACAAGUAUUUUUUUAAGGAAAUGUACAACACUUUAGGUUUCUAUGCUAAAUACCAUGUUCAAAGACUUUUUCUGAAAGCUUUUUUGAAAGCAUGAAGUAGCAUACUUUGCUAUUCUAAGUAUGGAAUUUUCUUGGCUCACUCAAGUAUAAAUUAACAGAUUUUUACUACAAGCUAUUCUGAUGAUGUAAUUUAAUAUAUAUAUAUAUAUAUAUUCAUACUGUCCCAUACCUAAACACCCCAAAUCCACAUUUGGUGCAGAAAUUGUUAUCUGCAAAACAUUUAAAUAAAUAUCCUUUCCUCUAA